UUGUACUUGUGUUAGUCGAUAGCAACAACAUGCCUGAGCCAGCGAAGUCUGCGCCCAAGAAGGGCUCGAAGAAGGCAGUGACGAAGACUGCCGGAAAAGGGGGAAAGAAGCGCAAGAGGUCCAGGAAGGAGAGCUACGCCAUUUACGUGUACAAGGUCCUGAAGCAGGUUCAUCCGGACACGGGUAUUUCUUCCAAGGCCAUGGGUAUCAUGAAUUCUUUCGUCAAUGAUAUCUUCGAGCGUAUUGCCGGUGAGGCGUCCCGUCUGGCUCACUACAACAAGCGCUCCACCAUCACUUCCAGGGAGAUCCAGACAGCCGUGCGCCUUCUGCUUCCUGGCGAGUUGGCCAAGCACGCCGUGUCUGAGGGAACCAAGGCUGUCACCAAGUACACCAGCUCCAAGUAAAGCCCCUGCCGCUUUGCAAUAGAAACCAAAGGCUCUUUUAAGAGCCACCCACAACAUAAAAAAGGAGCAAACGCCUUUGUGUAGCUUCUGCGUUUAAGCAGGUUGAUAUUGUGGCUGUAUGUUGAAGUGGAAUAGACAGAAAAGCACGUGUUGCGAUUUAAUCUGUGACAAUUAUAAAUUUACUGAAAAGCAUCGAAUAAGGCUUCAUUGUGCCAUUAUUUGGUACAAUGGAAGCACGUUAGGAACGAGAAAUUCAGUCGCCUGUCAGUAUUGCAAAGCUUUGAACAUCACGGCAGAACUGCAACGCAAAUGCAUCUGAGAACUUUCGGGUUUCACGGAGUCACUGUGAAAUGCGGGGUUCGCUAUAGACAGGUGAAAUUUAGCUUCUCGGAGUAGGCUAACCUUUCAUCACUUUGAAUCAUUUUGCUUGCUUUAUUCUCUGCAGUCUCUCAAAAUAACCACCGCUGAAGCAACAGCAUUUUGUAAUAUCUUGCAUAAUAUUAACCAUAUUAACUUCAAAGUACGACGCGUGUGAUUGUAUUUGAAAUCAGUUUUAUACCUCGUGUACGUCCUUUGUUUUAUGCCAGUAUCCAGGCUAUGUUAAUGGAGUCCUAAUUUCUGCAAUCGGUAACAUGAAUAAUUAUAGUCUUUAGUGUGCCUUUCUUACUAAACAUUAAUGCAGCUUUUGGACUAUUUGGCUUCACGCGAGGAGAAAACACUAGGGAAAGCGGCGUCGCGCGCUAUGCACAGCUUAGGUUGAGUCUACAUGGUUCUCAUGGCGAGUUUAAGAAGAACCCGCCGUGACGCACCAGUACGAACAGACCAGUGUUUGCUGACUGUGUGACACAUCCGAAAGUGAAGAGUUAAUAGGAAGAUGGCAGAAGUCGCUCCAGCUCCCGCCGCCGCUCC